UCUGAACCUGACACAGAUGUGCAAUUCUUCAUGUUAUCCACUCUGAAAUUGCUCUGUCUGCACUGUGAAUCGCUUCUGAAUGCUCGUCGUGAGCAUCGAGGCUUCUUGAUAUGGGCGCAAGAAAAUCUUCUCAUACCUAAACUAUGGGCACUUCUGCGUUCAGAUCACUCACAGUUGGGUGAAUUGGCCGUUCCGUUGAUAAUGCACUGCAUAACGCUACCUUGUGGAGAGGAAAUGUUUUGGAAGACCGUCAAUACACAAUUUACAGAUACGGAUUGGAAAGAGAGACUUAAAGCAGUGGAACGAAUGUGCGUUUUAUGUGGACUAGCAAAUGCAGCACCGGUGAAGGCGAAUAAAGUGAUACAAACGUCGUUGAGUUGCGGUGUAGCGCAUCUGGUUGCUUCAGUGCACGAUCCGAAUUCAGCCGUUGCACAACGUGCCAUUCUAGCGAUACGUGCGAUGCCAUCCAGUUCACUUAAGGUGACAAAUUUUCGAUUUGAAUUCACUGAGCACUCCUCUCUGACCCAUUCAGAUCUGAUGCACUCUGAUCCGAUGAGUGAUCUGUAUCAACGUAAAGUGAUGCGUGCACGCCAAGCAAUUGACAGUAGCACAACGGCACGAUCGAUCGUACGAAGUCUCCAAGGAAAUUCACUUCGACAUCAACUGAGCAUAUCGUCGGUUACAUCACAAGGUUAG